GUUAAUCUUUCAUUCUUUUUUCUGUACUGUUGUUUGGAAAACUUUGUUCUAAAUAGAAAGUGCUUUAUUUUCACUUAGAGGUAUAUUUCUAAUGCCCAUAAGGAUGACUGGGUAGGAUACCUUUUUACUAGCUUUUCUUGAAAAUGUGUGUCUUUUUCUUUUUUUUUUCAUUUUGGUGGUUGUUUGUUGGGGGCCAGACGUCAUGGCAGCUUCUGCAAUUCGCAUCGGUGAUCAGCUGAUCCUGGAAGAAGAUUAUGAUGAGAGUUAUAUACCACAGGAGCAAGAAAUUCUGGAAUAUGCACGGAUGAUUGGAAUAGACCCAGACUCUGAGCCUGAGCUCAUGUGGUUAGCUCGGGAGGGCAUUGUGGCACCAUUACCGCCAGAAUGGAAGCCAUGUCAGGAUGUUACAGGGGAUAUAUAUUACUUUAACUUUUCCACUGGCCAGUCCAGUUGGGACCAUCCAAGCGAUGAACAUUACCGAGAUCUAGUGACAAAGGAGCGAGAGAAGCUGCAAGCACAGGGUGGCAGCAAAAAGAAGAAGAAAAAAGAAAAGAAAGACAAGAAGAAAGAAAAGAAAGUGAAAGAUUUGCCUAAGCCCAUCAUGUCUCUAGGAUCACCACUUGGACCUGUGCAAGGCCCCCUGGGUAGUCUGGCUCCAUUAAAAGGAAUGGAGCUUACUGGAAGUGGUGGAAUGCGAGGAUCAUUGAGCAGCAGCGCAGGAAGCUCUGGUGGUUUUGACACUUUAUUGAUUGGAUCUUCCAAGAUUUCUGCACAGCAGCCUCCCAAACCUUCUGCCUUUAUCAAGAGUGUUGGAGGCAAACAGCCAGAGCAGAAACUGAGCCUGAUCUUACCAGACCUGGAGGAAGAGGAUGGGGAUGUGCUCACCAGUGAGGACCAGAGCCCACGGGGAUCUGCACGCCUUCUCAAAAACCUGCACAUGGAUAUAGAAUCUCUUGGAGGAGGCUUUGAGUAUGAGGAGAGUGAACGGGGAGAUGAAUCUGCUGCAUCAAACUGCUCAGAUGAUGGCUCGGAGCAGGAACUCAAGAAGAUUGGAAAUUCUGAAGAAGAUGAUGCGAGCAGGAUAGAGAAUCCUGGACCCUGCCACGGAGUGAUGGAUCAGCCACGGAUCUCUGAGACAAUGUUGGAACAUGAGACUUCAAUUGAUCUAAAUCCUCCUGACACAGAGAGAUCUCUGUCACUUUCCACUGAGAGUCAGUCCAAGAAGUCAAACCAUGAUGCAAGUGGCAGUGCGAAUCCUUCCAUAUAUGAAAAUACAAACUCAAGGGUCCAGUCUCCUCUUUUGUAUCAAGGCACUCAGGAUGAAUCUGAAGACAGCGAGGGCAUGAAGGAUCUUGCUUCAUCUAAACCCAAGGGGGAGGACACAUUGGAUUUUGGCUUAAAAGGACGGUCCAUGGAAAACAUUCUUGACAUUACUGCUCUGUCCCCACAUGCUGAGAGCCACAAGGACAUAAUAGAGGAAGAGAUUGAUGAAAGCCUAGAAGAGGAGAUAAGUGAAGAUGAAAACGAAGACCUAAAGCAGGAAACUAAUAAGCAAAUACACCCAGAACCAGAAGCUGUCACCAAAGAAAUAUUUGCAGACAAAACCUUUAAAGGCACUGUAGGGUCUACCAAGAUUACAGACCCACUUCCCCAACCUGAAAGAGAGGAGCUUGACCAUAAGGACCAGUUCCACAAAAACAUGGAUGAACUCCUUAAGCCAGUCUUUGAGCUGCCUGAGCACGUGGACAGCCACCUAAAAACCAAGGAGGAACCCCCUCAGCUUGCAGAGAAGUCCUUAAAAGUUCAGGUGACCGAGAUUGAUCUGGAGGAAAAGCAAAGGCAAAAACUUCAAGAACUGAGAGAGUUGCUUAGGAAGCAGGAAGAAGAGGAGCAGCAUAAGAUGCAAGAGGACCAGAAAAGCAGACUCCGGUCACUGUCGGAGGUGCUAGAGCAAGAAGCAAUGGAGGCAGAGGUCAGGAUGAAAGAGGACCAUAAGAAGAGACUUCUGAAAGUGGAAAAGGAACUGGACACCGAGAUGGAAGCAGAGGAGAGGAAAAUAAGGGAGCGACAGCAGGAAAUGAGAGACCAACGGAGGCUUGCUAUGGAACACUUUGAGAAGUCAGAGGAGGAGAUGCUACUCCAUGAAAAGAAUGCCCUAAAGACCAAAUUGAAGAAAGAAAUGGACGAUGCAAUGAAUUCCGAGAGAGCCAUGCUCUUACAGGAGAGAGAGGCCGCAUUGCAGGAGAUCCGUGAACGUCUGAAGCAGGAAAUCAGUGAGGCUCUUGAAUCUCUAAAGAAAGAUCAUGUUCAGAAUCUCGAAAGACUCCGUGCAGAAGUCCAAGAGAAGAAUCAGGAGGAAAUCUCCAAUCUCCAGAACUCUAGCCUUGCACAUCAACAGAGAGAAGAUCCAAACUCUCUCGGUGAACUCCAUCUAGCAAACAAGAAAAUAACCCAUAUACUUGACUACGAGAGAGAGAUGAGAGAUCUCCUACAAGAAAAACGUCAGGAGUUACAGCGUGAGCAUGAUAGAAAACUGGAGAGAAUGAAAGAGGAACAUGAACAGGUGGUGGAGAAAUUGCGGAUGGAAUUAGAGGAGGAGGAGCACACACAAAGGUCCAAAAUGCUCGAGAAGUUGCGGGAGGAACUGGGAAGCAUGAUGCAACUCCAUGAGAAAGAACUAGAGACCCAGCGGCUGAACUUAGAAAAAUUGAAAGAGGAUAGACAACGCGUCCACCUAGAAAAGCAAAACAUUUUGGAGGAAAUGGAGCAAAAUCAGGAGAUCAGAAGGAAACAGCUAAUGGUGAAAACAAACCAGAUAGACAGCCAGGAAAAGGAUUUACAAAAAAGAAGAGAGGAACUUGACGACCAAGAAAAGGACUUUGAACGUAAAGCAACAGAUUUUCAGAUGAAGGUGAAAAUGGAAAAAGAGCAUGCCCAGCUAUCCAACUUAUUAAAGCAAUCACAGCAGGAGUUGCAGGAGAUGCAGCGCCAUAGAUCAGACAUGGAAGACAAAGUGGAGCUUAUUCAAAACCGUUACGCUGAACUGCAAAAAAUGUCCAGUCACCUGGAGGAAGAGAUUAGCAGAAAGCAAAAAUGUAUGAAGGAGCUGAACAGAGAAGAACAGAGAGUGGAACCAGAACUUCGUCUGGAAGACCUCACGCGGUCCAGCAGCCCUGAGCAUCCAAUCCCAGAUCCUCAAAACACAGAUGUAUCCAGGCUUACAUUGUCACCAGUGCAUUACCAGGAUGAUGACCCCCACCUGGACACUGUGCGUCAUUACAUCUCGUCCCAAGGCUCCUCCAUACAAAAAGCAAAAGAUUUUCUACGGCUUCAGACACGCUCAAUGUGCAGGCGGCAAACACUGCUGCAGGCAGCCAAGCAGCAAUGGCGUCAUGAUGUGCGCGAAACUCAGGAUCCAGAGAAAUCAAAACUGCUGGAAGGGAUGAAGAAUAAUAUUGACGAGGAGGUACGAAAUCUGGAUGAGAUUCAGAGCACCGUGGUGAAGGGACGGAUUCUGGUGCAAGAGAAGGAGCAUUGUUUGCAAGAACUACAGAGUUCUCUUCUUGAAGAGAUUUCUGGGGAGGAUAUAACGAAAGGUACCAAAAAUAAAAAAGCUGUGACAUUUGACUUAAGUGACUCCGAGGACACCUGCAGUAUAUCAAGCAGUGACGCAUACAAAUAUGAUAUUCUUCCGUCACAAUUUGGUAAUUCACAGAGGGUGCAGAAUCUGAUCGACACUUUGCAACGUCUCACCAAUGAUCUCAACAAAGUCCUAACUCCUACAGGUCCAUUCGCCUGUAACCCGCACUCCUCGCCUCUAAUGCACACACAGUCUCAGGUACUGGCAGGCAUGCCACUUUCUUCGUACAUCACGCUAAACAGAAUAUCUACUCCUUCUGGUGCUCCUCCACCAUCUAGGUGGGCCUGGGACAACAGGUUGCACUCAAGCCUUCCAUCUACAUCUACUCCCGCCACGCAGUCUGUCGAUGCACUUUUGGAAGAAAAAUGGCGCAAGUAUUUCCCAGGAGGGUCACCAUCUCUCAUCGAGAAACCUCAACAGACCGAGAAUAAAUUGGGAUAUGUCCCAGCUGGAGCGCAAGUUCGAAUGAUGCAGAAUUCAGUAUUCAGUGUGUCAUCCACAGACAAUCGUAGAAUGCAAGCCAUGAUAGACACCAAUAAGAAGUGGCUGGAAAACUUCAGGAAUGACCCCAGAGUCCCACUCCUCUCCCGAGCAAACAGAAAGCCAUUGGGGACUGGACCGUUACAACUUGGCCUGGAUGAGAAUAAUCAGAUCAAAGUAUUCCAUUACUAGCUCAGGAGCAAACUGAAGAGAUACUCUGCCCUUAUAAAUGCUGCUUACCUAUCCCUCAGACAGGAAUGAAGACUGGGGAAUUAAAAACUCCAAACAUCUGUAACCGCUCUUCACUAUUUUCUCGGUUUCAUUUGGGGUUCUCUGGUCGGCUGUAGCAGAUUAGCCACUUGCAGUAAAUGCUGUUACACAAGUCUGGCCACAGAUACUCAACAUUUUAAAAUUGCUGAAUGAAUAACCAAAUCUGUAUA